UGAGACUAAACUCUCUGGGCUCCCCUGCACCAGAAGCCAUGGCUGCUGCAAAUCCAGCAAAGACACUCCAGGAUGAAGUGACCUGUCCCAUUUGCCUGGAUUAUUUUAAAAAUCCAGUGUCUCUUGACUGUGAUCACAGCUUCUGCCGAGCCUGCAUCACCCAGUGCUGGAGGGGACUCACUGCAGACAUCUCUUGCCCCCAGUGCAGACGGACCUUUCCCCAGGGGAACCUCAGGCCGAACAGGCAGCUGAGAAGUAUUGUGGACGCAGCCAGAGAACUCAGGUUGCAGGCAUGGAGGGAACCAGCUGCAGAGAGACUGUGCGAAAAACACCAGGAGCCUCUAAAACUCUUCUGCAGAGAGGAUGAAAUCCUCAUCUGCCUGGUGUGUGACCGAUCCAAGGGGCACCAAGGUCACACCGUGAUUCCUGCCGAGGAAGCUGCCGAAGAAUUCCAGGAAAGGCUCCAGGCCCAUCUGAAGACUCUGAGAGCUGAAAGAGAAAAGCUGCUGGAACUGAAAGUGAGCAGAGAGGAGACCAGCCAGGAGUACCUGAAAUGGACAGUAGCAGAGAGGCAGAAGAUUGUGGCUGAGUUUCAGCAGCUGCAACAGUUCCUGGAGGAACAAGAGCAACUUCUGCUGGUGCAGCUGGAGAAGCUGGACAGGAUGAUAGUGAAAGCACGGACUGAAACUCUCACCAAACUCUCUGUGCAGAUUUCCCGUCUCAGCGAGCGGAUCUGGGAGCUGGAGGGGAAGUGUCAGAAGCCAGGGAGUGAAUUCCUGCAGGAUGUCAGAAGCACCUUGAGCAGGUGUGAAAAGGGGCAGGCCCAGAAGCCUGAGGAGAUGGCUCCUGAACUGGAAGAACAAGUCAGAGGUUUCUCCCAGAAAGCUAUUGCGCUGUCGGAGAUCCUGAGGGAGUUCAAAGACACUCUGCCGGCUGCACUGGAGGAACCCUUGAGACCAGCUAAAGUGACUCUGGAUCCAGCUACGGUGCAUCCCAACCUCAUCCCGUCGGAGGAUGGGAAAUGUGUGAAGUGGACAGGCACAAUGCAGCCACGGACCAACACCCCUGAGCGAUUUGACUAUCAGCCCUGUGUGCUGGGCCAUGAGGGCUUCACCUUGGGGAGACAUUUCUGGGAGGUGGAGGUGGGGAAUGGGUCAUGCUGGGGUGUGGGGGUGGCCAGAGAGUCUGUGAGCAGGAAGGGAUGGAUCAGCCUCAGUCCCAAGGGUGGGAUCUGGGCUCUGCAGUGGUGGGGGGGUGAGUUCCAGGCUCUUACUGACCCUCGCAUCCCCCUGCCCCUGCGCCCCCCCAGCAGGAUCCGGGUUUGCCUGGACUGCGAUGGGGGGCAGGUGACAUUUAUUGAUGCUGGUGCUGAAACCCCAAUCUUCAGUUUCCCACCAGGUUCCCUCCCUGGAGAGAGAAUCCGACCCUGGAUCUGGGUGGGUUGGGACACAAACACUUGGCUCCGACUGUCACCCUGACACCAGACUCUCUGGCAGUCUCUGCUAGCGCCACUUCUGCUGCGAUUCUGCUUUUGAAAUGGACAAGAGCCCCAGCAGGACACCCCAACUGGCCCCAUGCUCUCUGCAUGGCUUCUGUUUUGACCUGUCACAAGUGCCCGGCAGUGCCCAGGAGGAGGUGCCUUCAUCGACUAACCGAAGAGUCACUGGAAAUCCCAUUGCCUAGUGGAUUAUCUAAUUUGUUUAAAUUUCACACCCCUAGUCACCCCCUUGCUGCGCUGCCGGCCCCGGGCAGCUGUCGCCUGCACCUCCAUGGGAACCUCCUUUGAUCGGGCUCUUAAGGCCCUGUCCUGCCCCUAGUGAUUGUUGCUCUUGGAGGGGCAGAUCCUUGCUGAAGCAGCCUGGGCAGAAACACUGCCCCACAAGUAAGAGCAGCUCCAGGGAGCUCUGAGUCCAACGAGACUCCUGUGGAGCUUUCUUCAUUCUGUCCAUGAACUGUGGUUCCAACAGGCCUAGGUCUCUGGGAUCCAGGACAUGCUGCGUGGCGGGGACAUCUCUCCCCAACCCCCUGCGCGGGGAGACUUUGGCACAUCCGGUAACGUGCCUGAACCACUAUUGCUUACUGCUGGAACUUUAGCAACCAAGCUAGCAGGCCCAUAAAUAGGCCGAGACAGCAACUUCAGCAUGACCACAGUCAGGGAUGGGGAAGAAAGGGGAGUUGAGUAUCACAGAGAGGCCAGCUUGACUCUGUGUCCUUCCUGAGGUCCAAAUCUCUAGUGACGUCCCUGAGCUAUAGUUUUAGAAAAAUAGGAAGCUUAUCUAAAAGCCCUAGGACAUAGAACUGUCAGGGCCCCGGGCAAGGAGUCUCUGAAAAAGAAAAAAUGCAUCUGCCAAAAGUGAUGAUUAGAUGAAAACCCUCCUGCCUAACCUUUAAAAGAUGCUUGCCUGACACUUGUUUGAGUGACAUGUUAUUGUAAUACUAACGGAUAAAUAGGGAAGGAAAGUUUGAAUUAGUGUGACAAUUUGGGGGACACUUGGAGGGAUGCCUUGAGGACUCCUUGAGGACUCUUCACAUCUGGACACAUAUCCGUCCCCACCAGCAGACAGCAGAAUGGUCAUUGGAAGCCUGCCCGGUGUCCCUCUUCACUUCACUUCCGUAACAGUCCAGGGUGGGGGUGUUUUACUAACGUGUUACAGACAUGUGUAAGUUCCUAAGACUAAGUAAAGUUUAGCUUUAAGUGAAGCGCUCAUGUUGUCCUGUUUGUACCAUCCAUCUAUCGGCAAGUGUGGCAAGGGAAGAAUGCCCCAAGCGGUGAGAAAAACCGGAAAUUUUGUGUGUGCUUUUUUUUUU